GCUACCGCUGCCGCUGGCGACGGACGCCGAGUACGGGCAGAAUCACAUCGGGAGGAUUUUGUUUGUCGCCAGCAUCUCCAGGACGUGAGGAUGUUUGCAUUGGAUAUAUCGUGUCUUGCAAAGCCAAAAGACUGGAGCCGUUUGAAGAUUAUGUAACAGUAAAAGUGCAGAUUCCCUUUGGAAAGAGGAAUAAUGGGACCAGGCAUUCAGGAAUAUCCCUUAUUACUGCACAGAGAGACACAGCAGAAGGAAAGCCACAGCCACACCAAUGAAAACCACAAAGGAAUGGUAAAUAAUGGAAAAAGCCAUCCAAGCACCAAAGGACUGUAUAAACCAAUUUCUUAUGUGAAAUCUCCUCCUGGAAGAUUAGGUAAAAAUGUAUCAAGUGCCAUUGAAAAGAUUUCCCAUGACACUCAAGAUGGUUACCAACCAAAUGUUUAUAAGAAGGGAAGGAACCAGGUGGAUGGCAAUAAUCAGUCAAAAAGGAUCCCAAGUAUUUGCAGCUCACUGCACAGUGCACAAGGACCAAAGAGGAGUCCCCCAGAAAGAAGGCAAAACGAAUCCUUCCUGCACAGGAGCCCCCCAGAAAGAAGGCAAAACGAAUCCUUCCUGCACAGGAGUCCCCCAGAAAGAAGGCAAAACGAAUCCUUCCUGCACAGGAUCCCCGCUGGCACAAAGGGCAGCACACAAGAAAAUUUCUGUAGGGCUAAGGAUGUCCCAGUGCAGCAUUUUUAUUGCAGUAAAAAAGAACAGUUGGGGAAGAAUCACAAAGAAUAUAUGUCUGAAGCCAGUCCAGGCUCUUCGAAAUGGCAAGAAGCAUCUGUAGGUGAAAUGUUUCUUGAUUUUGAGUCGGUACAAAUUAUUAAAGAAGAUGCAGAAGAUGAUAGUGCCAGUGACCUCUCUGACUCAGAAAGGAUUCCCAUUCCCCCCUCUCCCUGCACUCCCCCAGAACUCAUCCUCAGAGCUGAAGAGAUCGACCCAGUUUGUUUGGAACACAUCCCUGAAAUGGGAUUUAAAGAAUCUGAAUAUUACUACCCCGACUUCCUCCCACCCCCUUUCAACUCGUGGGACCUGAAGCAGCUGGCCACCUUUGUCCACGUGGAAGGGAAAACCGAUUUCCGCCCCAAGCCCACGGGAUCCCUGGAGAAGUACAUCGAGCGCCUGGUGCAGCUCGAGUGGCUGCAGAUGCAGACGGUGCAGAGCGAGAGGGGCAGGGCCACCAAAGCUCGGCCCCAGACUGCCCCCGGCCCCACCCGUGCCCUCAAGAGCCCCGGAAAAGGCAAAGCCUUGCUCAGCCCUGUGCCCAGCAGGCAGGCAAUGCCCCAGGAAAGUGUAACCAGGCUGCCCAGGAGCUGUUUGGGUCACAGGGCAGAGCUGUGCUCUGAGCAGGCUCGCCAGGUGCGUUCCCAUCCAGGUCACCUGAAAGUUCCUGAGAGAAUGGGGUGUGCAGCAUCUUCUCAGAGGCAAACUGGUGAUGUGAGGAGUGAACUGAAAAAGCAGCAAAAAACUGCAAAGCAGCAGCUUCUCAGUCUGCAGCCCCCCGAGAGCAGCUCUAAAAUCCAAAGUGUUGGUAACAUCAGACCCCCUAAGCAAACCCCAGCGUUCCACGGUGCAGCUGCUCCCAUCAAAGGCUUAAAAACAUAUGUGUGUACAAAUCCAAAGAAAAAUGGCAAUGUCAGCAAUUAUGUUCCUCCUAAAAAACCAACAGUGGACAGGAAAAUAAAAACAAAUGGCACAAAGCAAACACCAGGCAAAUUUCAGUGAGGGAAAAUUCAUUAGUGAACAUUGAUGCUUCUUGACUGCUAGAAAGCAUCUGGCCAGUGCAGAAUAGUUUUUUUUUUUCUUCAUAGGAAGAUCCUGAGAAAAAUGUUCCUGACACGUGGUUUUGAGUCAGCACUGCUCAUUUCUAUAGAUUUGAUCUUAAGCCAGCAGGAAAUGUUUUCUCUGAAGGCAAAUGUCUUCCAUUGGUCGUUCCUCAAAAAUAUUUAUAAUUGCCUAAUGAAGAUAACAGUAGCACAGUGUGAAGUUUAGAGAAGUAUAGAAAACCCUGUCUGCACCAGCUGAGUGUUCCUUGUACUUACCCUGCUGGGUGUGAGGGAGUAGGGUCCAUGCUCUUUCUCCUUGCCCAGAUGUGCUUUUUGUAAGACAGGUUUGAUUUUGGUGUUUUUAUAAAACAAUGGAGCAUGUUAUCUAUGCAAAGUCAACUCUAAUUCUUCACAGAAGAUGAUGAAUUGGAUUUUUUGGAUGAAAUAGGUAUUAUUUUUUGAGAAGAAGAUGAAUGAAGAAAAUGUUUUGAAAUAUUUUAAUGCAGAAAGAAUCCUUUUUAAGACAAAGUGUUAGGGACCAGACAGCUUCAAUAACGACAGAUUAAGAAAAUUGAAUGUGUAUUUUUAUACCCUGGAAUCUUCACUGUGUUUACAGACAGCUUUCCUGGAAGUUCAUUUUAUAGACCUUGAUGCUUUUUGUCAUUUAGGGGAAAUGACCAGAUUUCAAAUUGCACAUGGAUAUAUUUGAGUGAUGGAAACUAAGGCUUUUAGCAGAGACUGUAUGGCCUAGUUUUCAGAACUGGUAGCCUCUCAAAAACCAGACUUUUAAGGGAGUUUAAAGUUUAAAGGGUGUUGUAAGUUCAAGUAAAGAUAUAUUUUGAUACAGAAGAUACCUAUUUUUAGUCACCUGAGAUGACUCUUAUUUAUCCUGUGGUCCAGUCUAGCCUGGUUUCUUAAGGUUUAGGGAGGCGAGAUGGGGAAAUGUCCUGCAGAAAGAAAUUGUACAGCCAGGAUUGGGUCCUGUCCUUGGGCCUUCUGUCUUCUCUUGUGUCUGUGAGCUACAGGAGAAUACAAAGGACAGUCCUGAGAAUAUUCAAGUGUCACUUGAUCUAUUAGAAUUUCAAAUCAAUCACAGCAGCUGGGGACAGGAUCUUGUUAAGAUAAAAUUCUAAAGAAUGUUUUUUUACUUUCACUUUAAAAUCCUGGUCAGUGUAUUUUCCUCCUCAGCCACCAGUCCCAGUCUUCAUGAGAAGUGAGCUGAGGUGUGAUGGGCCAGAUUCUGCAAGAGGAUCCUUCACAUUGUGAUAGAAAAUGAAAAAGUAGCAAAUACUGAAGCGUACAUUAUGUAUAUAGCUAAAUUGCACUUCUCUUGGUGAGCUCAUCUUGGUUUUAAGAUGCUUAGCUGUUUCUAUCUUUCAUUGUGCCUACCAGAUCUUCAGCUUUGUAAAAUUUCAAAGCAUGAAUUUAUUUGUAGUUUGAAAAGUGAGAAUAUUAAGAAAUGUAGUAAUAAAGUAGAAUAUUUUACAGUACAUAAAAAAACAUUGCUCAGGAACAGUCUAAGAAAUAUUUUUAGUGUUUUUUUUCCUAGUCUACUGGAGACCAAAUGUGAAAUUUUGAAUUGGUAAAGGAAACGAAUGUAAUAGACAGUAUUACAUGUCCGGAAUCAGUAUUUGUAAAGUUACACUUAAUAUGAAUUGUAGUUGCAUGUACAUUCAGCUCUAUGCAAUUCAAGUGAAACUUAAUCUGAGAUGCUCAAAGACCAGAGAAGGUGGCUGUGUCAGAGGUGUGGUGGCACUCAGGAUGGGACUGAACACCAGCAGCUGCAGAGGACCAGCACAUCCCAGUGUUGCUGUUUCACCCUUUUGUUUUGGUCCAGCCUCACGUAUUUCAGCUUCUUUAGAUGAAAGGUUCCUGCACCCAGUGCUAGUAUUUCAAGCUCUGGCCAAAUUCUGCUAGCCUGCAUUAGCCAAGUUUUCCUGAUUCACAGGAACAGUAGUGAAAAAUAGGAGAAAAAUUGGAAAACCCGGACCUGAUUCCAGCCGGAGUCCGGAAUGGAGUCAUCAAGUUGGAAAACCUGGACCGGAUUCUGGCCAAAUUAUGGAAUGGACUCUGCAAAAGCCAGCAAAAGCGAAAACCCAGUCUGGAUUUUGGCCGGGGUCUGGAAUGGAGUCAGCAAAAGUGAAAACCAGAGAAAAUAGGAGAGAAAUCGGGGAACUGCUUUGCCAAUAAUCAGGAUUUGAAUGCACUGUUCUAGUUCACUGUUACAAGCACAAAAGCUGAGGUGAGCAGGAUCCAGGCAAUAAUCAGAAGAACAGUUUAAAAAAAAAAAUGCUGUUAGAUGCAGUAAAUAAUUUAGCAUGUUGUUAUAGCAUCGAAUAUGGCUGGAUGCUAAAUUUUCUAAAUUGGAGCUUUCCUGGCUUGUAAGGAGGGCAUGUAGAUACAGGCACAUUUUGCAUGAUGACUUCUCUAAGAAUAAAUAAACCCCAUUUCAACCAGCAGUGAGCAGAGCAAAGGUGAUUGGCACUGGGAAAAGUCUUUUGUCACAGAGGUAGGAAAGUUUUAAUGUAGUGUUUGUCAUCUUAUGGACACCAAUCUGUCGUUGGAGACUAAAAGGGGAAGCAGGUGGAGGUGGUGGUGGCACUUUAAAGAAGUCUGAAAACUUGUUCAUCACUGGGCUCCACGUGGGAUGUGGCCAAGUAGGUUUGUCCCACGUGAUAAUCACACCAGUCUAAUUUCUGUCAUUGAUUUGAUAUUUCUGACACACUUGUCUUUGUUCAUACACAGAAACAGCAAUUCUGUGUUUUCCUCAACAAAGAGCUCUUGGCCUGAGCAGACCUGCAAGGGCGGGGUUUUAUCCUGUUUCCAUUUUAACUUCACCAUGUUCUGGGCCUACAGAUGAAAAGAGUUCCUUUUAUGAAGAGGACUAUGGUUUAUAUUUCCUUAAUUUUCUAUUGCGGGAUAUUGUCUGUAGAAGCACUUCUGAACAGAGCAGAACAAUUUAUUCCCUCAAACACAUUCAGUUUAAAAUUAAUUACUUAAGAUACUUCCACAGCACCGUGGUUGUGUGGCUAUUAGCCUUUUUUUUACAAGGUUCAGCAAUAUGAUCAUAAGUGCUAAGCCUAGCACUGGUGAUGCUUCUUGAAGAACAGAUUACUGUGAUGUGAGAUAUUUAAACAGAGUGAUUUUUUUUUUUUUUUUUGCUACAGAAUGUAAAGGUUUAGUGUUCUGCAGUAUUACCUACAGAACAAAUAUGCUCAGGUUGUAUUUCAAAUAAACAGCCACAUUCUGCUGCAGUUGCAUGAGUAUAAACUUUGAACAACUCAGUUAUUUUCAGUGAAAUGACCCUGUUAGCAGAUGUGAAGAAACAGAAUUUCACUCCAAUGUGUAUAAACGGUUUUCCUUGGUAAUGCUAAUGUAUUCUUUGUGCAUCACAUGAGGAAAUUUAAAGCAAUAUUGUUUUUCUCUUGCUGUGUUCCUUUUUUUCUCCAUUGCUUGCAUCUCAUACUGAGGGCAGUGAUUUUCCCAGCUCGUUGUCAGUUGGAUACAGCAGGAUAAUGCUGCAGGGAGAGUUGUGCUGACUCCAAUGGGCUAAGCUGUCCUGUUUGACUCCAGGCUCUGAGAUCUGCCCUCAUCCUGUCACUGUGUCCUUUCGGUGUUUCAUUCAUUGUUGUUGGAGGUAACUUUGACAUUGUAUUUACUGUUUAAAGGAUCUUGUUAGAAUUCUGGGAGAAUUUUGACAGUUUUUUCAGCCAGUAUGUGCUUUUUUGGAGCUGAUACAUAAAAUUUCUACAGUAUGAAAUUGCCUAGAAUGCACUAUUCUUUGCCUUAUUUUAAAGGUAUUGAGCCUUUGUUGCUCCCAUUGCAUUAGUGGUUUUUCAUCUGAAAAAUAAACAGCCCACACUGGAAAACACUGAACUUGUUUAACUGAGGAUUUGCAGACCAGCUUUUGAUGUUGGUAUUAAUGUAUUCUUAUUUAUUUGAACUUUUUGUGGAUAUUUUUGCUAGCAAUUCCUUGGGAAAGUGAUCUUGUCAUUCAAAGGUCUCGUAUAUUUGCUACAAUAAAAGUGAGAUACUGCCCUGUUU